AUGUGUCCAGAAAUUGAUAACGAAGUAGAUACAGAGCUUUAUGAUUUAGAGAACCCCUACGCUGAUUUCUGCUAUCAUUCAGAUAUCGAAUGCGAUUACACUAUUCCAACUCCAGAUUUCUUUUCUCAAGUUUUAGGCUUUAAUGUACCUUCACCAGUAUCAGAAUCAAAUCAGAAAUACACAUAUACACUAAAGAAUGGUCAAGUGCUCGAGUUGGAUCAUCCUUUGCCAGACGGUUUCCCUAUUGAUAUGAUUAGCUCUGAAGAGCCAUCAGUUCAAUCCAUCCCGCAAAUCGAAUACGGAAGAGAUUGUUCUUCGAUGAAAGAAGUCGUAAUGUAUGCCGCAUGUGCUGCCUUACCAAUAUCUGGUUUGAUAAUGUAUUUAUUUACUUACAAGAAGAAUCCGAAGGUAGCAGAGCGUAUUCGUAAUGUUACUCUUUCCUCAUUUGUCACAUGGGGAACUGUUUUAUUGCUUCUUUUAUAA